AUGCCCCUCCCCAGCGGGACGGUGCCGGUCGCGCCCAGCGCCGCCGACACGCCCCCGCCCCCUGCUUUCCUCGUCCGGUUCCCAGAGGACACGUGGGCCAAGCUCGCCGCUGCCGACGGCGAGGUCACAAUCACUGUCGGCGAUGACAUGACUCUGAACCUUCCUGGUCAAGAGCCGAUCCGGCUCGACUCGCAGACGGCCCAGCAAUCAGAACUGUACGCCUUUGACCCCAGCGCGCACCAGCUCGCGCCUAUCGGCGUCGCGGACGCGCGAUUAUCGGUCCCGUUCUCCGCCGCCUCGGUCGGGCGCGCUGCCGAAAAGGUGCGCCUGCAGAAUGCCGCGCUCGACGCCCAGCGAGAAGCGCGGGCAGCUAGGGUCAUGGGCAACAAGCCGUCGUCGCACUCAAGACAGACGAGUCUGAGCAGCCUGCCGCAGCGGCCGUCGCCGUCGCCGGCCCCACCAAUGGCGCGCACGCUUAGCGGGCCAGCCGCCUCGACGCUCGGCAGCAGCAUGGGUGAGAAGAUUCCGCUGAAGACGCGAGUCGUGCAGUUCCUCGCGUUGGGUCCGACGACCGUCGACGAGAUCCUCGAGCACACGCAGGGCGACUACAACGAUGUGCUGCGCGUCGCCAAAGUGAUCGGCCUCCAUGACGACGGACAGUACCGCCUUCGACCAGCACAGUACGCCAAGAUCAAGAUUGGGUCGUGGAAGUAUACCCACGACGAAAAGGUGCGCGUGAUUGCGCUCGCGCGACAGGCGUUCGACGAGCUCGGCCUCGCCCCCGAUGCCGAGGAGCGUGACGAGCUCGACCAGAAGGAGCGCGAGGCUCUCGGCUCCACCGGUUCCGGCGCCUCGGCCUCGCCCGCCCCGCAGCCCGCGCCCUCCCUCUCGCCCGUCAAACAGAAGCAGCUGUCGCUGUCCCCGCAAAAGCCCCUCCCGAGUCUGUCAAGAAGUGCCUCGCCGGCUGGAGCACCCGCAGCCCCCGCUCCGACGAAAAAGGCCGCCAAGGCUGCCGGCCCCAAGACCAAGGUCGCGAAGCAGAUUGCCAAGAUGCGCAACGACCACAUCGCCAAGCAGCGCAGCAGUAGUGUCACUGGCGCGUCGCGAGUUGCGUCGCCGUUGCCGGGUGUCGAGGACAGCGAUGAGGAGCGGGAGAAGGAGAAGGAGCGAGAGAGGAAGAGGGAAGAGGAGGAAGAGAAGAAGCGGGAAAAGGAGCGCGAGGAGGAGCGCAAGCAAAAGGAGCGCGAGGCCGAGGAGCGCGAGCGCGAACAGCGCGAAAAGGAGCAACGCGAGAGGGAAAAGCCGCCACCGAAGAAGCGCGCGACCGUGUCCGCCGCUGCGGCCGCUGCCGCCGGUCUGCCUGAGAAACCCGUCUCUGCCAUCAACGCUUCGCGCAAGCCCCCAUCAGCGGAGAACGGGAAGCGCGGCGACAAGCCAGCAGUCGACAAGAAGCGCCGCAGCACGCACGACUACACUUCCAGCGAGAGCGACUCGGAGCCGGAAGCAGGCGAGGUUCGCGGCCGCGCUCGCACCAAGAAGACUGUCGCCGUGACCAAGGAGCGGAACGGCAAGGCGAACGGACACCGCGACUCGACCGGGCGGAAGCGCACCUCGCCCGUCUACACGAGCAGCGAGGACGGGCUCGCCAGCCGUCACCGUGACAACGACAAAGGUGAAGAAGGCGAACGGCGCGAGCAACGGCGGCGCGACGCCGGUCGGCCGUGCCUCGACGCCGAGCACGGGCGCGCCCGACCCCCGCACGCUGCGCGAAAAGUACGAAAAGCUGUACGCCGAGUAUGA